CAUAACCUAGUAACGUAAACAAAUGUUUUCACCGGUUUUCAAAUGGAGGAGUACUUGAAAAUUAACUGGCGUGAGAAUCCUCUGGACGAUGAUUCAGUGUUCAUCACUGAGGAUGAGCUUAAGAAGACUUACAUGAAUCGAUUGAUCAGCGGAGAGAUUUGCUUGGAUGAUCUGAGAGAGAAACCGAAGCAGCUGGAUAGCAACGAGAAGCAGGAUGUGCCUGGUCAACAGUACUAUCACUGCUUUAAAAAGUCCUCACAGUUCAAUGCCAACGAACACGGCAAGUUCAUAAAUGCUCUGAAGGUGCUUGUCAGCGGUAAGAAGAAGCAUGAUUACUUUGAGAGGCAAGAUCUUGAAUUCUACAACAAUUGCAAGCAGCAAAUCGUUGUUGAGAAUAGUCAGUAUUUAAAAUUCGCCGAGGAGUUGUGGAACAAGACGCAGGGAAGACAACCGCUGAGGAUUAACAAUAACAUUUUAAGUUACAUGAAGUACAAGAGGAAGAUGAGUAUUGAGAACGUUUUUAAAAGACCGAAAAAUUAUAACCAGAUUGAUUUGUUGUCGUACUCGCACGAGGAUAAUUCGAACAUCGAAAUGAUUCACACGACUAAUCUCUUGGAUAUGGGUAAACUUGGUAAAUUCCUGCCACCCGACUUGACGUACUCGUUCAAAUACAAAGUGAAGACUUUACCGAAAUGCGAGGAAGUUAAUUACAACUCGAAAUUACCUGUGAGCGAGGAUAAGAACAUCGACGGGAUUUUGGAUAAUCACGAGGCCGAUGUUGUUCUGUCCCUUUCCACUCUCAAGAAGCUGAUCAACUUUAGCGAUUCGCACAAUACCUGGCACGUUCCGGUGAUCGUGAAGAAAAUUGUAAAAAAUGGGAAAAUGAAGAACGUCGUGUUUCUGGACAAGGCUCUGCCGAAGCUGAAUCCGACCCACACGGAAUUGAACGAGCGUUGCGCUAAGCUGUUUGCCAAGACGAAUUUCUGCACGAUCGAAGGUUACGCGCAUCAAACUGUCGAGGCUAAAUUGAAGGAGAAAAAGGAUGUUAACGAAGAUACGUUGGAUGUGUCUUGCAGUGAGAGCGAGGACGAAGAAACUUGCAGCCAGAAGCGCGAAAUUCUGCACAACACCACGUACAAACUGUGGCAACUUGGGACUCGGGAGGAGAACAACGUGUUGUUAAAGGGAUUCAUCAAGAAUUCCACCUUCAAAGUGCUCAUCCGCACCAAAUACGAUGCGUGCGAGAAAAACGCUGAAGGUAAUUUGCAGCCUAUCACGAUCGUGCCGAAGAUCGAGUACCAAUUGGAUUUCGGCGGUGGGAUUUGCAGUAGGACGGAUCUGGUGAAGCAGUGGGCUUCGCUUUACUUCAAACCAUUCUGCGGCCUCUACAGAAUUCGUUCGCAUUAUUCGUCGUGCGAUGUGGUGAAAAUCGAACCGUGCAGCAUACAGAAAGUCGCCAACGAGGCGAUGGUUUAUCACCAGUGCAAACCGAACGCUGGGAUCGGCGUUCUCUACAAGAUCUUCCACGAGCUGAGGAAGUUACCGCCAGCAAAUUACUUGCUACAUCGUGAACCCAAACAGGGCGCUUUUGUAGCGCUUCUCCAAGAGACUGUCAUCGACUCGAAAAGCACGUACGAUCUGCACGAAGUGUACAAGAGGAACGAUGUGAUCGUUACGGAAGCGCUGACUCCUUGGUGUCAAAUCGAUGUUAACGUUCUUCUGCCGAUGUUCGAGCACAAAGGGCACAUGGCCGGACUCUUUCAACCGUGCAAAACGAAAGCAGCCAACAAAUUCGGACUAUUCACCAAUAAGAACAACAAAGGCGGCAAAGGAAACAAAGGGAAGAAGAAAAACAACAACAACAAAGCGAAGAAUCAGAAGAAAAAGGCGAAAGCCAAAGCUAAGCACAACCAAACGGAAACCACGUAAAUGCAGUGUUUUUUCUUUUCACAAUUUAUUAAUACAUAAUUCUUACUCUUUUAUUUUUUUUAUACACAAACUCUAUUAUUUUGAUAUCUCCUCGAAACACAGACAUCCCGAAUCUUCUCCAUCCCACAAAGAAAGAAAAACCACAAGUUAUUAUUUACAUUACCAUUUGGAAGAAACAAAACGUUUAUGAAUCUGCUUUGGUGCGAAAGGAAGAAGUUUAAAGAGAUUCACGAGAAGGAAACGUUUGGAGAUUAUUUAUUUACCUUCACCCUGAUCUAGGAUACCGUGGAAUUUGGCAUCGAGGA